ACUAGAAGAACUUACAAACACUUAAUUAUAGACCAGUAAAUUCUGAAUAUUCUUUUAUUUCUGUACUUAGUUCAUCUACAAUUGCAUUAAAAUGGAACAUGGUGAGGAGGAAGAUCCAAAGGAAUACCGCUGGGAAACCGGCUAUGAAAAAACAUGGGAGGCCAUCAAGGAAGAUGAUGAUGGUCUAUUGGACAGUGCCAUUGCUGAGCUUAUACAAAAAGCGAAGCGCAAAAGGCAACAACAAAAGACCAUGCAAAAUAAAUUGGGAAUGAUGCGCCAUAUGUAUUUGAUAUUAGACUGUUCGGAAUCCAUGUCCGUGCCGGAUUUAAAACCCACCCGUUUAUUAUGCACUCUUAAGCUGUUGGAGGUAUUCAUUGAGGAAUUUUUCGAUCAAAAUCCCAUAAGUCAAAUGGGUUUAAUAGUGCUGAAAAGCAAACGAGCAGAAAAGAUUACCGAUUUGACGGGAACAGCUAAAUUGCAUCUUAAAGCCUUGGAGGGUUUAAAAAAAGUAAAUCUCACCGGUGAACCUUCUUUGCAAAAUGGCUUGGAUUUGGCUUUGAAAACUUUAAAAGUAGUACCCUCACAUGCCUCACGAGAAAUUUUAAUCAUUAUGGGUUCUCUAACCACCUGCGACCCCAUUGAUAUUACCCAAACCAUAGAAACCCUAAAGCAGGAGGGCAUUCGAUGUUCAGUAAUUUCGUUAUCGGCCGAAAUCCAUGUCUGCCGCUAUUUAACUUCACAAACGAAUGGCACUUAUGGCGCCGUUUUAGAUGACAGCCACUAUCGUGAUCAACUUUUAUCACAGGUUGAUCCACCACCAGCUGCCCAGAUGCAAGAAAAUUCUCUCAUCAAAAUGGGCUUUCCUCAUGCCAAGCAAGAUGAGGGCAAAGAUCCGCCCCUUUCUAUGUGCAUGUGUCACAUAGAAAAUAGCGAAGAGCCUAGCAAACUUACCUCGGUGGGUUUUUAUUGUCCUCAGUGUUUUAGUAAAUAUUGUGAAUUGCCUGUCGAGUGUCAAACUUGUGGUUUGACCUUAGUUUCUGCACCGCAUUUGGCCCGUUCAUACCAUCAUCUCUUCCCCGUGCAACAUUUCACCGAAUUGGUGUAUAAUGGCCAGGCUGCCGUUUGUUAUGCUUGCCAAAAGCCCUUAACUGAAGCCGCCGAUAAAAAUGUCUAUCGCUGUGAGUCUUGUUCGCAAAUUUAUUGCAUUGAUUGUGAUAUUUUCAUACACGAGACUUUACACAUUUGUGUGGGUUGUAAUACUAUACCCGGAGUGGCUGCCCAAGUACAUGCUAGGAAACCUCAAGCCCCACCGCCAGGUAUGAUGAUGGUGGGUUCAUCUUUGGGUCAACGUUUUUAAGGAAAUAAACAGCAUCUUUAAAAAGAAAAAAGGUAAUAAAGACAUUAG